AUGUCAUACGGAAACCAGCCACCAUGGCGCCGUCACGUAUGCGGGUUGUAUUACAUCACUCAACCCAAUACAUGGCAAAUCGAGAAAAACUAUCUGCCGGUUGUUGAACUCGAAGCCCAUGCCACAAUCCUUGCGACAACCUCGAGAACAGUGCUUACCCAGAUUUUCCUGAACCCUUCUUAUGAAAAGGGCAUUAAAGAAGUGAGGCGAGUCUAUCAGAUACGCCACGUUGUGGGAUUCACUUGUCAUGUGGGAGAUCGGACUAUUGUAGGCGAAGUCAAAGAGAAGGAGAAAGCGAAAGCCAUCUUCAAGGAAGCUGUCGCCAGAGGUGAGACAGCCGGGCUUCUGGAGCAGCUUCCAGAUGCAUCCGAUGUGUUUCACACAACCGUUGGGAAUAUUCCGCCCGGUGCGAAGAUCAUUGUGAAGACCAUCUACCUUGGUGAACUCAAGCAUGACAUGGAAGUUGAUGGGAUUCGCUAUACGAUCCCGAACGUCAUUUGUCCCAGAUAUGGGAGCUACCCCGGGACUUUGCGCACUAGCGACACUACGGAAGGAUAUGGCAAAAGCAUCUCAAUCACAGUCGAUACUGAAAUGGCAGAUGGAUCCUUUAUACAAAAGAUACAGUCACCGUCUCAUCCCAUUGCAAUGGCCAUGGGAACAGUUUCAACCGCACCACAUGCAGAGCCAGCAAUGAACAAAGCUUCAGCAUCCUUGACGCUAGGAACAGCUUCACUCGAAACAGAUUUUGUUGUGCAAAUCAUCGUGAAAGACAUCGGAGUUCCUAAGGCAGUACUGGAGAGCCACCCUACUAUCCCAAAUCACCGCGCGUUGAUGGCAACCUUGGUACCAAGAUUUAGACUACCUGCUGAGAAGCCCGAAAUCGUUUUUGUCUGUGAUCAAAGUGGUAGUAUGCGAGGCGAUAGAAAUAAUCUGGCUGUCCAAGCGCUAAAGGUGUUCCUGAGAUCAUUACCUGUUGGUGUCAAGUUUAACAUUUGCCGUUUCGGGUCGAACUACUCCUUUCUCUGGCCACAAAGUGUGACGUAUAGCCAAAAAAGUCUCGACGAAGCUACCAGUCACAUCGCGACUUUUUGUGCAGACUACGGCGGUACGGAAAUGUUGAAGCCACUCAAAGCAACUAUUGAGCAGCGGUACAAAGACAUACCGCUUGAAAUCAUGUUGUUAACAGAUGGCGAGAUCUGGAACCAACAGGACCUUUUCACGUAUCUCAAUGAAUCUAUUGGGCAGAGUAGGGCACCCAUCCGGGUUUUCACACUUGGAAUGGGCAAUGGUGUUUCUCAUGCUCUGAUUGAGGGUAUAGCAAAAGCCGGAAAUGGUUUUUCCCAAACGGUAGGCGAGGGCGAGAUGCUGGACAACAAAGUUGUGCGAAUGCUAAAGGGAGCGUUGUCACCUCAUAUCACCGACUACAGUCUAGAAGUCAAAUACAGAGCUUCUUCAGCAAAGGAAGAUGAAGAUUUUGAGAUCAUCGAGAAGAUCGCCGACAGCCUGAAGGUGAAGCUCGACUUGAAGGAACAGAAUGAGGCAACAGUACAUCUUUUCCAAGAUUUCAAAGAGAUGCUCACUCUGAUUGCUGACCAUAAUCAGAAGAAGCCAAUCUCUCUAUUCGACACUUCAGUCGAUCUCGACGAAGAAGAACCCUCAUCGGACGAUCACACAGGCGAAGCUCGUUAUGCACAUUUGCCUAAGGUUCCUGUGCCCAAGAUUAUCCAAGCCCCACAACAUAUCCCAGCUCUCUUCGCUUUCAAUCGAACCAGCAUCUAUCUUCUCCUCGGGCCCGAAGCUCCCUCAAUCACACCAAAAUCAAUCGUGCUGCGGGGCACCAGCGCCCACGGUCCCCUCGAGCUAGAGAUCCCUAUCCAGAUCCUUGACACACCUGGUGAAAUCAUCCACCAACUUGCUGCCAAGAAAGCCAUUUCUGAGUUGGAGCAAGGCCGUGGUUGGCUUUCUGAGGCCAGAGAUGAUAAAGGCAUCUUACUAAAGACAAGAAUGGAGGGCAAGUUUUCAGAUAUGGUGGAGUGCGAGGCAGUUCGACUGGGUGUGCAGUUCCAAGUUGGUGGCAAGUGGUGCUCGUUUGUCGCAGUGGAGACGAAGGAGAGCAAGUCGUCAGAGCUCAGUAAGGAUUCGGAAGAUUGGGAAUGGUUGGAACAUGAGCACACGGAAACAACAUCCACCAGUGAGUCUUCCUCAAAUCUGCUUGAAAUAUACGAGCAUCGUGGCGCACAGAUUCAGGGCUUUGACUCGACCAUACGGGCUGACUCUCGAUCGCUUAUAGACCCCUUCGCUUCUCAUGCCCGACCCGCAGUUCAAUACGCCACUAAGGCUGCUGCUCCGGCAUAUACAGAUAGGGCAAUGCUUUUCGGUCAAGCAUCUGCUGCUACUCCCACCGCCUUUGGAUCUGCUGCUGCUCCCACAGCCUUUGGGGCCGCUUCUUCUGCCCGCGGAUGGAGUACGUCACAAGCACAGGGACAACCAUCUGGUUCUGCGCUGUUUAGAAGUGGUCCAGCACAAUCCGCACCAGGAAUCCCAGGACAGCGUUCUGGCGGCCUCUUCGGAAAUUCAAGUGCUGCUCCAGUACCGAAUACCAGCGAUGCAAAGGCCUUGCAGGACUAUCAAAUGGGCCUCAUGACGCUGCAUCAAGACAACAAGAAUAGGAAAACUUUAACUGCCAUAGGUGGUGGCAUGUCUCCAUCCCGUACCGGACCCCCUGCCCCCCUCCCAGCAGCCCAAUACGGCUCCUGGUUCUCUGCUGAUCACGAUUUCACCAAUACCAUUGCUACAGGGGCUGAACAGAAAGACUCCAGCAACUACAGCUCACCCAGCUAUUCCCCCACCAGUCCAGGUUCCUCUCCAAUAUUCGCAGGCUACGCCCCAACUUUUGCCGCCUCCAACUCUGCACAUUCCCUCGCCAGUGCAGGUGAUAACUCAAAGAAGAGCACGACGAGGACAUCACGCAACAUGGUUUCAGACGCAAGCCUGGCCCGUAUGGACCAUACACCUGACCGUCCAGCUACGCCUCCACCUCCAUCUUUAACACAGGAGCCCGCGCUCUUCCUCCACCGCCUCAUCGCACUUCAAUCCUUCAGCGGCGCAUGGAGUUGGAACAACAGACUAGAAGAAGUGCUCAGAAACGGACUGGGGCUCUCGGAGGCCAUGGUACGCGGCUUGCAGCGCAAAGAGGGAGAGGAAUUGGAUGUGGUGGCUACGGCGGUGGCGGUUGCGGUCAUGGAGGAGAAGCUGGCCGGGCUGAGGGGGAGUUGGGAAUUGGUUGUUGAAAAGGCGAGGGGGUGGUUAGAUAUACAGGGAAAGGAGGGUCUGGUUGAGCGAGCGGCGGCUUUGGUGAGAGGGCUGUAA